GUACCUAUCAAAAUAGCAACUCACAUUUCACAAUUGACAAUUAUCAUUUUAUCAAAUGAAUUAUUUUAACUCUCAGAGUUGAAAUUGUGAAAUUUGGCUGAAUAGCAAACUUGAAUGUGUAAUCAUUAAAUAAGUAGAUAUCUACUCUGUUAAGUUGUACAGUCAGUGUCGAAUAGAUAUCUAUUAAAUUAAAACCAGUAAAAAAAUAUGUCGCACGUAAAAGUAAUAGCUGCUAGCAUUGUCAACUUUUUGAAGAAACAAUUAGAAGGAGAUACUUUGAACGACAAUUCAAAAGAAAGUGUCGAGGUUGCCGCACAGUGUAUCGAAACCGCCUAUGAACUCACACCGGAAGAUGUCUCUAAGGGGUUGGAUCUAGUCAAGAUGAUUACAGAAAACCGCUGUGGAGUCACCGCCGCCGACAAAGAGGAGGCGGAGAAACUGAAAACUGAAGGCAACGAUCUGAUGAAAAGCGAACAAUACAAACUGGCACUGUCAAAGUACGGGCGCGCCAUCGAACUGGACCCGCGCAACGCGGUGUACUUCUGUAACCGCGCCGCGGCGCACUACAAGCUGGGGGAGCACGAGGCCGCCGUGGCCGACUGCAUGGCGGCUCUCGCGCUGCAGCCCGAGUACAGCAAGGCGCACGGCCGACUCGGCAUCGCGCUCACGGCGCUCGACCGCACCGUGGAGGCGCGGGCCGCCUUCGCGCGCGCCCUGCAGCUCGAGCCCGACAACGACUCCUACAGGGACAACCUCCGGCUGGCCGAGGAGCGUCUGGCGCAGGCGCCGCCGCGCCCGCCCAUGGACCUUGGUGGCUUGUUGCAGAACCCCGCCCUCCUCAACAUGGCCACGGAGAUGCUGUCUGACCCCAACAUGUCUAACCUCAUCUCAGGUUUGAUGAAUUCAAAUGUUCCAGGAGCGGAGCCCGGCAUCCAAGGAGCCAAUGUUAAUGCAUUGCUGGAAGCUGGACAAGCCCUGGCUCAGCAGAUGCAGGCACUGAAUCCAGAACUUGUGGAGGAACUUAGAAGACAGAUUCGUCCCCAGGGACCGGGCGGCAAUCCUCCACCAGCACAGUAAUCCCCAACACUUGUCACAAUACAAGAUUAUUUGGGUGAGGUGUAUGAGGGAUAAUUAUGUGCUACAUAGCUGGGAUAAUUCACUUGGAAUAUCUUGAAUGUAUAAUGUAUAAGUUAACCAAUUUAUAUUAUUUGUUGUAGUUCUCUUGUCAUCAAUACAAUAUUGUUAUUUGUAUCAUGUCUGUGUUCCCAAGUAAAACAUAAGAAAUACAAAUUAUAAUUUAUCCUAUAUUUUCUACCAUAAAAAGAAGAGAAUUAAAUUUUUAUGAUAAAAGUGAAAUUCAGUGUUAAAUAAAAUGUAUGACAUGUA